AUGGGUCACCGUUUUCGUGCAGUCCACGUGAAGGAAGCGCGCGAGGCUCACGACGAGGGCGCCGCGCAGAACGUCGGAGCCAACGCAGGCGGCCCACCGCUCCACCGCACGGGACACGAUGAGCGGCAUGUACGUGCGCUCAUCGUUUCUCUCCGGCUGCAGCAGCUCAAAGAGACGGGUGAUAGCCUCGUCCAUCAGCGGCGGCAGCGCGGCCAUCCACAGCAGUUCUCCGAUAGCCACAGAGAGAGUGCGCUGCACCGCACGAGUCAUGGUGCCGGACUGAUAGAUGCGACUUAUAAUGCGUGCGGACUCGUCCAUGCUCACCGCAAAAAAGUGAUCCAAGCCGCCUGCACGCUGUGGUGCGGCCAGCAGGCGCCCAAGUGCCACGCCCACCGCGUCCUGGAGCUGUGGGGGGAGGUCGUUGCCCCCCACGACGUAAAUGAGCAUCUCGCGAAUGGUGGCAAAAUGCGCCGCUUCGAGCGAGAUGUCGCCUUGCAGCAGCACGCAGAUGGCCUCCACCGCCGUCUGCCGCACCAAAGGCUCGACGCAAGACACCGCCUUGCGCAGAUAUUCCAACCAGGCUGCGGUGAAGACGGGCUGCUGUUGCAACACAUGGUCGCCGCCUCGUUGCUGUUUUUGCUGCGGCUGCUGCUGCUGCUGCAGGAGGAGACACGGAAGCAGUUCCAGUGCGGCCACCCGUGUUGUGACUCCCACUGUCUUGACGGGGUGCGGGAGGUGGUACCGCGGCGCGCACUCUACGCGUGUUGGUCGCCGACGGAGAAUGACGCGCAGCAGCGUCAGUACGGCUGCGAGUACACCACUGGUGCUGCUGCGGUCCUUCGACAGCAGCUUCACUGCGUCCCAGAGCUGCAGUGCGAGAUGAGAGGCAUUGGCGCUCGGCUUCGUGCGUGCCAGCAUAACAUCGACUGCGCCCACCCACGAAUGCACAGCCAUGCACGAGAGCUGGUCGCGCUGCACGCUCUCCACGGCGAACCCCAGGACGCCGGAGACGACGCCGUUCGACACCGCCGCCCUCCACUCGUUACUAUCCAUGGCAAGGACAUGGGACUCGAUGAGUUGCACCGCCUCCACAUAAUCCGCCUGGUCCUGCGUACUCAAAGGCGAUGA